AUGAUGGCUAAUGAUCAACGCGUUUGGCAAGUGUCGAUAUGGAGCGAUGCAAAUUAUGAUGGUGAUCUUACUCGUUUCUCUGACGCAUUGUAUACUUACGGCCGAGAAUCGUCGAAUCAUAAUUUUCUACCUAAUUUUCCAGUAAAAGCAAUAUUUGACAAUGGACCAGCAUUUCUGUUCGUCUCAUCGGAAAAAUUCGGGCCGGCUGAAUGGUAUGUCGUAGCUUCAAUAGCGUCUGAUACUUAUCCAUCAGAACCGCCAAUCGAGUUGCUUAUUCGUAUGAAUAAAUACAAAAGUUAUCCUUCCGGUGACAAGUUUGAUAUGUGUGGAACUGGUCGAAGUGCAUUUAAUGCAGACGCUGUUAACUUAAAUAAACGCUAUGUCAAUGGAACUGUUGAAGACCGUCGUCACAUUAAACAAACUAGAUUAAAUUCCGUACAUGGAAUGCUAUGGUAUAUUCUUAAUUCAUCAUCGAUCCCGAAUCGUGUACGCGAGCAUCAAUUCAACGUUGUGGAUUAUGUGAUGAUCAAUAGAUAA